AUGACUGGUCUUCAAACCAACAAACCAACAUCGCUUACCAAGCUCAACUCUUCGCCAGGCAUCCACUCCCCAACGUCCAGUGGUCAAUUUAUACCAAAAAUCAAGUAUGAGGGAAGAGUCAUGCCGCCCGUGGUCCUCGCUUUACAAAUCCUUCGUUUUCAACACGUCGGGCUCUCUUUUCUAUGUACGCCAUCUACGACAAUGCGUUUAUCGACACAGUAA